AAGUCGGUCGCUAGACAGUGUUAUCACGUCGUGACAAGGCAGGUAGAGUGUAAUCUGUAGAUAAGACCCCAGUCUCCAACACCGCUUUGAGUGAGGUCAUAAUGGUAUCCUUGCUGACGUCAUUGUUGGUGGUGAGCGUGUCGGCAAGUCAGCCUGGAGUGGAAUUCGUGGGCGUUGGUUACAACCUGCUUACCGCCAACCCAGACGGAGGGGACAGCGUCUUAGGGGGAGUCGACCCGGGCAUUCUCUACACCAGGAAGGUAUUUGACAUCACCCCUGGCAACAACCCACCGGAAGUCGUGGUAGAGAAGCGUCACAGCUGCGUGCACAUCCAGGAGAAUCACGUGUUCUACGGCAGCAAAUCGUACCAGGAUAAACUGGGCCUAGACGUCAAGUCUUCUGGUGGAGUAAGCGCCGUUCUAGCUAAGUUCGCCUUCACUCUCAGUGGACGUUACCAGCAUGCCCGUGAGGAGACCAAUCAGAACCACCAGGUGUUCCUGGACAACCAGAACGUGUGUAACCUAGGACGGGCGAGAUACGCGGAUGAACUGGCGCAGUCGUUGGGCUUCUCAGUCAGUAGGAACUUUGCCGCUGCCGCUUGUCGACUGCCGUCUGUGUACGAUGAGGAAAACUACAUGGAUUUCAUAGACCAGUGGGGCACGCACGUGACGAUGGAGGUGGAGCUGGGGAGUAGGCAGAUCAAGAGGUACAAGAGCACUCUCAGUCAGUUUGUCGAGCAUGUCCGGAAACAGGGUGGUGCCGACAUCUCCCUGGGAGGAUCCUACAUGGGGUACGGGGCCUCCCUUGCUGUCAACUUUGAGAAGUUCAAGGGCAGUGACAGCUACAAACUGCAGUUUGGGGACUUCCAGUACACGCUCGAGGCAGGAACCCCGGAACUUCCAGAACCUAUCGGGGUCAAGGUCGUUACCAUUGACACGGCCUUCAACUCUAAAUACUGGCAGAAAAUGGAUGACUUCAUACGUGGCCUUCAGUGUAAGGAUGGGAUGGACACAAUGGCUCUUGGUAAUCGUCAGGCGAACAUUGCAAGGGCGCUGCAGGGCUACGCUGCCUACAAAAUGGCACAAGGACCAACCGAUCCCCAGCUGAUAAUCCCUGUGACGUGGCCCCAGGGUACAUAUGGGCUUAUGAAGGCGAGGACUGGAUGCCCGGGGGGCCGGGUCACGUGGCAUGAGGGAUGGAGGUACGAGGACUUCGAGGACGUCAUGACUCACAACCACGCGUCUGGACAGCUUCACCUAGCGGGGUCAUUUGGAGACAACAUACGCUUCGACUUCUGCAUGAAGGGUGAUGUAAAGUCUACCGACUUCGACAUGGUGUGGCCUGCUGGAGAUUACUGCAUCCUCAAGUACGGAAACUGUCCUUCCGAUUUCCAGGAAGGGUGGGUAUACUGGAAUGACGAAAGCCAUAACAACAAAAACAAUGCAGGUGGCGCCCUCCCUGACGGCGUCUACAAUGCCAACACGCGGAUCAACUACUGCUGCCGGGACGACGGACUUCCAGUCCACGACAUCGCUCUCCCUACGACCAAGCCUUUCUUCCUCCUCAAGUACAACCGAGGGUGUCAGCACGUCAGUGGGAUGACCCUGGCGGAGGAAUACGUACAGACCGACACUGAGGACGUCUGGGGUGACAACUCACGCGGAGGAGCACAUCCGUACUUCGACGGUGGCAAAAAUCCCAGAAUGCACUACUGCUACUAUGCACCAAAAGCAAAGGUUUCCCUGAUUGGAUGAAAUAAAUCGCACAGUUUGA